GAUUCGAAACUGUGCUUGCGAUCAAUUUUCCCACAGUCUAUUAUUCAAAUGGUUCGGAAUUUUCAUUGACAUGAAAUGCCAAAAAUAUUUGAGUGAAUAAUAAAAUCUACAAGUGACAAAUAAGAAGAUAAAAUAUUCUUUUAUGGAUUACGGGGAGAAUAAAAAUUUAACUAACAGUUUUUUGAGUACGGAAUUUAAUAAAAAUGAUAACCAAACGCCAAAUUUUAUCAAACAGUUUUCAUGCACGUUAUUGGAAGAAGGGAACAAUAAAAGUGAUUUGAAACUGAAAAUAUCAAAACUCGAGGCUUACAGUCGUCAGUUGUGUAUGAACUUGAUAGAUUUGCAAAAAAAUCGUGAAGACAUAACCAAUAAAACGUUGGCGCUGUCAGCUGAGCUAGAAUGCACUGAGAAUGAGACUGAAGCGAUAUAUUCAGAACCGAAUGUCGACGUUUCUCUCCCAAUCAAAAAGAGAGAAUGUUGCUCUAUUUGCAUGGGGGAUAUAAAAAAAGAUUUAAAUAACGAAUGGGACUACGGAGAGACCGAUGAUCUUUGCGAGCCCUGCUUGGACGCUUUUUCUCUCCCAGAAGUCAACGUUUCUCAAUGUUGUUGCUGCAUGUACAGUCAGAAUCACGAAUCUUACGAUUGUUUUUGCGAAAAAUGUCAUAACCUCGAAUCGAAUAUUGGCUCAAAUUCUGCGAGUUACAUUUUUUCGGAUCACGAAAUUCUUCAGCAUGCUCAAAAAAUGAGUCGAGGCGAUUCGAAUUUUUGUUGCGUUUGCAGCAAUUUUGAAGAACCUUUUGUGGGCCACUGUCACAAAAUUUGCGAGUGUGAAGAACACAUCGUAGAUGGCGCUGAAGAGCUAUUCGGAGGUAGACUCGAUUGUGUCGAAACUUUGCAGAAAUUUAUGAACAAUAAUAAUGUGUGUCUUGGGGAAAUUGAAUCGAACACACAAUCGAAAAGAAUUUGUGAGUCGUGUGGAAGGUAUGACAUUCAAGAUUCUGCUUCGCCGUCUCAUUCAUCGAAGUGCAAGUUGAUCAAAAUUUCAGAAAAAAAUGGUACAAAAAUCGAAGAAAACAAGGGAAAAUUACAAAAUAAAUGUUCAGUCGAAGAAGCAUCAAACGUUGAACGAGUCGAAGACAUCGAGGGUGUCUUUGGAGUACCACAAAAUACUGCAAAUUCGAGAUCAAAAAAUCAAAUAUUCGACAACGAGCCUGGAGGCGAUUCCAAAACGAAAAUAAACGGUUGGAAACGUUCGGAACGCCUCCGACAUUCAGAAACGACAAAAACUGAGUCUUGGACGGACGAAACGAAAAGUGGGGAGCAGCAAAGUAUGAGGAGCGAUUUUGCAUCAGGGCUUUUCGUACUUUUCGUCAUUAUUUUAUCGUACGCUUCUCGUUCUCCUGAUUUAUCUCUAUCAAUAAUUUACUUCGACAAUUUUUCGACGUACCUCCGCGGAAUAUUUGACAUUUCAAAAAACGAGAGAAUCGCGAAGCUCAUCGACCUUUUUAAUCGCGAAUUCAGCAGUUUUCAAAAACUCUUUUAUUUUCUCACCAAUAAUUUCACCUUCCUCGGUGCUGUUUUCGGCUCCAUAUCUUUCCUCAAAAGCGUCUGGUCCGUUGCUAAAAAUUUGUAUUUUUUCUUACGAAAAGACUCGUACGACUGCUACCCCUAUUUUUCCCUAAGAAAGCCUCGUAAAUUAUUAAAAAGCUCUUUCAAACGUGUCAUCGCUUCUUCCAAAUCGCAAGUCCAUUAUUUUUCCUACGUCUCGUGGCUGGCCCUCGGUUUUCUCAUCGGUAGACUGUCCCGAAUGAGUGACAAUUGGUCUCCCCCGUCCUCGGGAGCCGCUUCAAAUAAUCUUCUGGCUCGUGUCAAAUGGUGGUGAUUUUUUUUGGUAACUCAAUCUUUUGAACCGUUCAUGAAUCCGAAUUUUUCAAGGAAAUAUCCAAAUGGAAAGUUUACGGAAAUAAAUGUUUUAUUGUGUCAAA